GUUCUGCUUUGGCAGAAAAUGGAGUUUCUUCCAGAAGAAGUGAACGGCGACGAGCUGAUCGAGGACGAAAUGAUCGGGAUCAAGCAUGGAGCUGUGUUGAACCUAUCGUGAAGAUUAUACCUCAGCGAUACUUUGUUGCAUCAUACAUUUGCUGCAGUCAUUCAUGGACUUACUAGAAUGUGUUUAGGAUGAAUUCCUGCCCAUAAUGAGCUCAUGUUUACAAACAGCUCUUGCACUGUACUUGAAAUAGUGAAUGCAUGUGUCUUUUCUCAGGGAUCAUUCCCCAUCCAUGCUUGUGAAGAAUCAAGUUGUUAUCCGGCUACUGGCAAUCUCCUAAUUGGCAGAGAAAAUGAUUUAAGAGCAUCAUCAACAUGUGGAACAAAGGGUUCGGAACGUUAUUGUAUUGUCAGUUAUUUAACAGACAAAAAAAAGUGUUUUCAGUGUGAAACUCUACCUAAAAAUAAAAAUGACCCAAAAUUAUAUCAUGGAAUUGAAAAUAUUGUCUCCAGAAUUGGAAAAAAAUCCAAACAAGUUCGUAAAUGGUGGCAGUCUGAAAAUGGGGUUGAAAAUGUUCAAAUUCAACUAGAUUUAACUGAGGAAUUUCACUUUACACAUUUAAUAAUUACAUUCAAGACAUUUAGACCUGCUGCAAUGCUUAUUGAAAGAUCUCAUGACUUUGGUCGAACAUGGAAGGUGUAUCAGUAUUUUGCUUAUGAUUGUGCUGAGUCAUUUCCUGGAAUACCUCGUGGACCACGGCGGAAAAUUACUGAUGUUGUUUGCGAUUCUCAAUACUCAGGUAUUGAGCCAAGUACCGAAGGAGAAGUUAUUUUUAGAGUACUUCCACCAAAUAUUCCUAUUGAUGAUCCAUAUAGCUCUGAUGUUCAGAAUUUACUGAAAAUGACUAACCUGAGGAUAAAUUUCACUAAGCUUCAUACGUUAGGAGACAACCUUCUAGAUUCCAGUGCAGAAAUAAGGGAAAAGUACUAUUAUGCUAUUUAUGAAAUGGUAGUACGUGGAAGUUGUUCAUGUUAUGGGCAUGCAAGUCGAUGUGUUGCUCCACCUGGUACUCCUAGUCGCCCUGAUAUGGUUCAUGGUCAGUGUGAAUGCACUCAUCAUACGAAAGGGGCAAACUGUCAAGACUGCGAAGAUUUUUACAAUGAUCUUGAAUGGAAACCGGCUAUUGGAAGACAGACUAAUGCAUGUAAAAGAUGUAACUGUAAUGGCCAUGCAACAAAAUGUCAUUAUGAUGCUGCUGUUUUUGAAGCUACUGCAAGACAGUCAGGUGGUGUAUGUGAUGCUUGUGAGCAUAAUACGAUGGGUCGAAACUGCGAACAUUGCAAACCUUUCUUUUAUCAAGAUCCUGGUAGAGAUAUUAGAGAUCCAAAUAUUUGUCAAGCUUGUGACUGUGAUCCUAAUGGGUCCUUAGAUGAAGGCAUAUGUGAUGCCCGAACUGAUACUUUCUCGGGGAUGAUUGCUGGUCGAUGCCAUUGCAAAAGAAAUGUUGAUGGGCGUAGGUGUGAUCGCUGCAAAAAUGGUUAUUGGAAUUUUCGUGGUGAUAAUCCUGAAGGCUGUGAAACAUGUUCUUGUUAUCCUGCUGGUACAGUUGGCAAUGCAUGUGAUCAAGAUACUGGAAAUUGUAAUUGUAAAAGGAAUGUUAUUAACAGAUAUUGUAAUCAGUGUUUGCCUGAGUAUUAUGGUUUGGACACUGAAGGAGAAGGUUGUAAACCUUGUGAUUGUGAUCCAGGAGGAUCAAAGGAUAAUAAUUGUGAUGUACGCAGCGGACAGUGCAGAUGUCUAACUCAUAUAAAUGGUACGCGUUGUGACACACCAGCAGAUUACCAUUUUGCUGCAAACUUGGACUAUUUGGUUUAUGAAGCUGAGCUUGCAAAAGGCACUCCUGAUUGUCAAGUACUUGUACGUGAACCCUACUCGGAAAGAGAAGCUACGUGGACUGGUCUUGGUUUUAUGAGAGCAUUUGAAGGCUCUCAUCUUGAGUUUGACAUUACAGAUAUACCAAAGUCUUUGGAAUAUGACAUAGUUAUCAGAUAUGAACCUCAGCUUCCUGCAAAGUGGGAGAAAGCUCGCAUUAUUAUUGAGAGACCCGGGCCAGUUGAUCCAAAUGGGCCUUGUGCAAAUACCAUUGUUGCUCAAGAUGACAUAAAAAUGGUUUCAUUAGCUUAUGGGGAAAGAUAUGCUAUCGUAUAUCCUCCUGCUUGUUUGGAAGAAAAUAAAAGCUAUAAUAUUCGCCUUGAGUUUACAAAUUAUGUGGAAGGUGUAUCAACACCUUCAGCAUCUGUUCUUAUAGAUUCAAUUGUGUUCAUACCUAGAAUAGACAGCAUUCCUUUCUUCGAAGGUUCAGCUGUUAAUGAAUAUAGAAGACAAGAAUUUGAGCGCUUUCGUUGUGGUCAAGCCUUUUAUUCAGUGGUCAGGCCAGUCCCUAAUGAAGUGUGUAAAAAAUACCUUUACAGCAUUGGCUUUUAUGUUUAUGAUAAAGCUCACGAAUGCUCUUGUGAUCCCACUGGCUCUGAAAGUCUGAAAUGUGAACGCCUUGGCGGGCAGUGCAGAUGUAAAGCCAACGUUGUUGGUCGACAGUGUGAUAGAUGUGCUCCUGGAACUUAUGGUUUUGGUCCAUCAGGUUGCAGACCUUGUGACUGUAAUAGUGUAGGCUCUGUGGACAACUUUUGUGAUUCUCAAACUGGAAACUGCAAAUGUCGUCCAAAUACAUAUGGGCGCCAGUGUGAUGAAUGCCAGCCAGGUUUUUGGAAUUAUCCUAACUGCCAAAGAUGUGACUGUAAUGGUCAUGCUGAGACAUGUGAUGCAAGGACAGGAUAUUGUAUUGCUUGUAAAGCCUUUACAACGGGACCAAAAUGUGAUAGAUGUGACACAGGUUACUAUGGAGAUCCAAGAAUUGGAGUAGGCAUUCCAUGCCGUCCCUGCCCUUGCCCUGGAACAGUAGAUAGUGGCUUGAGCCAUGCAAACAGUUGUGAAUUAGACCCCAGAACACAAAAUGUUAUAUGUUUGUGUGAUGUUGGAUAUGCCGGGGAAAGAUGUGAUCGUUGUGCUAAUAAUUACUAUGGAGAUCCUACAGUUCCUAAUGGAAAAUGCAAGAAGUGCGAUUGCAAUAGGAAUAUUGAUGAAACUGUCCCUGGAAACUGUGAUGCACAAACUGGAGAGUGCCUUAAAUGUUUAUACAACACUGCUGGACCCCACUGUGAAUUUUGUGUAGAAGGAUUUUAUGGUGAUGCAACAAGACAAGAGUGCUUAAAAUGUGUCUGCAACUCUCUUGGCACUUCUGAUGUGGAUGGUUAUUGUGAUGGUAAAACUGGACAGUGCCCAUGUUUGCCUAAUGUAGUUGGUAUUUCAUGUGAUCGUUGUCUACCAAAUCACUGGAAUAUAAGUAGCAAAGCAGGAUGUGUACAUUGUGAUUGUGACAGCCUGGGAUCUUAUGCAUUUGAAUGCAAUGAAUUUGAUGGUCAAUGUCCAUGUAAACCUGGACAUGGAGGAAAGAAAUGUGAUGAAUGUCAAAGUAAUUAUUGGGGUAAUCCACAUGUGCAGUGUUACCCAUGUGAAUGUAAUCGUGAAGGAUCCAAAACUCUGCAGUGCCGCAAAGAAGAUGGUACUUGUAUUUGUGCUGAAGGUAUUUCUGGAAAGCAUUGUGAUAUUUGUGCAAGAGGCUACACUGGGAAUUCUCCAUUUUGUGAGCCCUGUGGUGAAUGCUUUGAUAAUUGGGAUGCCAUAUUACAGGAACUUAAAGAUCAAACUCAACAACUGCUUGAUGCUGCCAGCCAUAUUAAGCAGACUGGCAUUACCGGAGCCUAUUCUAAAGAGUUUUCUGCCAUGGAAUCUAAAUUGGAAGAAGUUAGGGAAAUUCUGGCUGCUGCAAACAUUACUGGAUCUGAUGUAGAAGACUUGCAAGAUAUUGUUGAACAACUAAGGCAAAAUCUCACAGUCACACAAGAGCAUUUGGAUGUGGUUGAUCAUGAACUAGAAAAUACAACUCAAAAGAUCUUAGAUGCUAAAUUAGCCCUAACGGAUCUUCGUAACAGAGCAGAUGAUUUGACUCGUGAUGCCCAGUCUUUGAAAAGCAAUGCAACUGCAUUACAGGAAGCAAAUGUUGAAGGUGCUUUCAACAUUACUAAAGAUGCCAAAGUAAGAUCAGAUAAAGCUGAAAGUAAGGUAAGAGAUUCCAGAGCUGUUCUUCAUGAAUCUGAAGGCCAUCGUCGAAGAACAGAAAGAUUGCUUGAGCGAGCAACCGACCUAUAUAAUCAAACAUUCCUUGAAAACGAGGCUGCUCUGAUGAAAAUUUCUGGUAAAAUAAAUAUGAUUGAAGAAGAAAUUCCUGAACUAAAUGGAUUAGUUUGUGGUCGUAGCGACAAAUCUACGGAUUCUGAGGGAAAAUGUGAUUCUCUUUGUGGCGGAGCAGGAUGUGACAAAUGUGGUGGUCUUGGUUGUGUUGGUGCUGUAACUCGAGCUGAUGAUGCUUUUGAUUUAGCAAAAGAAGCUGAAAAAAAGAUACGAGAAAAAGAAGGUAGCUCUAAAGAACUCUUGGAAGAAGUAGAUGAUGCAAGAAAGGAUGCCGAUGAAGCUCUAGAAGAAGCAAGAAUGGCAUUUGAGCGAGCUGAAGCUGCUAAAGGUCGAUCUGAAAAUGCAACAGUUAUAGUUGAAGACUUGCUGGAUAAAAUUGAAAAAUUUUUAACAGCUGGUGGAGCAAAGCCAUUGGAAAUUCGAAGUCGUGCUGAUGAGACUUUAAAGCAAUCCGUAUCUUUAGAACCAGAACAAAUUACUAAUCUUGCUCGAGAAAUCAAUGACACUAUUGCUAGUUUAACAAAUAUUGAUGCCAUUUUGAAUGCUACUGCAGGUGACUUGGCAGAAGCUCAAGCUUUAAAGAACAGAGCUGAUCGAGCAAAAGAAAAUGCAGAAGCAAUACUUGAUACAGCAAAACAGGUACUUGAAGCAUUAGAAGAGGCCCGUGAAGCUCAACUGAGAGCUCAGACUGCUAUUGAGAAAGCCAAUAAAGACAUAGAAGCUGCAGAUAUUGAUCUUGGGCAGAUUGCUAGUGAAACUGCAGCUGCACAAGAAAUUGCAAAUAAAUCUGUUGAUGACAUAGCAGGAAUGCAGGACCGAUUAGAUAGACUAAAAAAAAAAUUCACUGAGAAUGAACGGAAUGCUAAGAAGUCUGCUGUAGAAGCAAAUGUUGCUGGCAAGUUAGCUGAACAAGCAGGAAGGGAUGCUCAAGAAUUGCAGGAAAAGUAUAAUGAAACUGCAAGUGCAUUAGAUGAUAAAGCAAAAGUUAGUGGAGCUGCAAAAGAAAGAGCUGAUAGACUCAGAGAACGUGCAAAAAAAUUGGCUGAGGAUGCAAAUGGGAGAUUAAAAGAACUAAUAGAUAUGGAAGAUGAGUUUGAUGACAAUGAGAGGCGUCUGAAAGAUUUUUCAAAAGAACUGGAUGAAUUAAACAUGGAAAUGGAAGGACAUUUGGUGGUUAUAGAAGAUAGAUCAGCUUUCUAUCGAGAUUGCCAAACUUAAAAAAUGGACUUUUGUUAAAAUUUGUGUGUUAAAUUCUUGAAUUCAUAACUUCUUUCUACUGCCAUAAAUAAAUAUGAGAACAAAUCAUGCAUUUCACAUGAUUGUGGUUUGCCAAACAUUGUUUUAUAGCAAUAUUGUUUUGUAUAGUGUAUUAACCACUGCAUAAUGUUGUUUGUUUGCUUUGUGUUUUAGUUCCUUAAAAAACUGCCUUCUGUGAAGGAACUGUCUUUGACCUCAUUUAAAUAAUUAUUUGAAUGAGACUUUUAAUCUGUAAUUGAAUGAAGAUCUCAUAUGUAAUUUAUUUUUGCUCAUUGCUGUUGGAAAUACUUACAAGAAGGAAUUCUAUUAUAAGAUGUUUAAAGGUGUGUAUAAAAAUGUAAUUGUUGGAUUUAUGUAAAUGAAGAAAAAUAUGCAUCUCAAAUCCCUUGCAGUUAGGUAACAGCAAAAUUAAGCUGCCAUGCUUAAAUUUUUGUGUGUGUGUGUAUCGUACGGAUCAGUAUACUACUUUUCUCACAGAAAUCAUUGUUUUGUUAAAAUCAGAGCUGUUUAAAGUGUUUUUUUGUUCUAUGUAUUGAAAGAUUUUCUCUUAGUGUUGCACAUAUGAAUGUCCUUAAUUCGAAUUAUGCUCUGAAUGGAUAUUCAUUGCAGCUGCAAAUUUGCAUCAAGUUCGAAUCAAGGUUUCUUUAAGUGAUGGUUAUAAAUAUAAGUUUAAAAAAAAAGUUUUAUGAAAGCAAAACUGAUAUGUUUUCUGUAUAUCAAUUGAAUUCUUUUAUAUGCAUUUAAGUUUCAGCUAUUUCAUUUGUUUUGCAUUUAUUUGUGCUAACUUUGGUUUAUAUAAUUGUUACUGCAAAUAUAAUUUACUUAAAACUAAGCAUGUAGUUGGAAAAAUCUUUUUUUAAUUUGUUUAGUUUACCACCGAAGGAGGAUCUUUUAUGUUUUACGUAAUGAAUAUAUUUUAAUAUCUUUAAAAAUACUUUACUAUUUCUACUUUUUAAAAUUUUGAUGCAAAUUUAUGUAAUUUUAUGAGCUGUUAAUUUUUUCCUAGAAAAUGUGCCUCUCAGAAUGUGUUCAAAUGUUAGCUUAUAAGCUAAGCUUCUAUAAAGUGCAGAUGGUAUUGAAAUAUGUGUUUAAUGGCAAAGUAAUCAUAUUUUGAUAAAAUCAAAAACAUGAAAUAGUAUGACAUAGAUACCAUAUAUUUUUUAAUAUUUGUGAAAUUUUGCUGUUGCUAGAUGUGUUUGUAAUGUUGUGAUUAAUUCUAUGUAAUUGUUACUUUUUCCUUCAUAUUUGUUCAUGCUAUAUCAGCUGUAAUGCAUACUUCAGCAUGAGUGUUGCAAUAUGUAUUUGGACACGGGUAUAUUAGAGGUGUAUAUAUGAACUUCACUUUUUGUUCCCUUGGAAGCUAAUGUAUUUUAUACAUCACAUAACAAAAUGAGAACUAUGACAAAUGCUUUCAGCCAUAUGUGUUUUCUAAAGUAUUUUGCCCCUAACAAAGUGCUUUCUGCCAUAAAAUUCAUUUCUCAUAGUUUCUCAUGCAUCUUUUGUUUCUAUUCAUUAUACACAAUUUGUUUAAAAUGAAUUCUUAUUUAGUUAUUGUUUAACAUAUUUUUUUAUUUAAGUGUUAGUUCACAACAGUUGUUGUGAAUAAUUAUCUGACAGUGUUCUUUCCCAUUUACAUGUCAUAAUUAUAUUUAACAUGAGGAUCUGAGAAUACUUAUUUUUUGUUAGUAAUUCAUUACAAAUCUCUCAACCGUGUGAGUAAUAUUGUGCCAAAAUAUUGUUUUGUCAUAAAUUUAGCUUUCUCUUAUUACUAAAAAUAUUUUAUGAAUCAAUCAUAUGUGGUAAACAGUUUGUCACAUUUUGAUAAAAUAUUAACAGUUAAUAAAAUUUAACUUUUCACUCUUUA